AUGUCAAGAGCUGGAACUACUGAGAUCCUUGUCGCUCAUUAUCUCUGGGUGAUUAUCGCCCCUAUUCUGAUCAUCUUUGGAACCAUAGGGAACCUGAUUUGUGUGGCAGUGAUGUGUAGACGGAACAUGAGGUCCACCAACGCAUCCGUGUAUCUGAUCGCUUUGGCGCUGGCUGACACAUCUGUCUUGUACACAGGUCUGCUUCGACAGUUCAUCAUAGCACUGACAGAUGUUGACCUCAGGAACAAAUCAAAUCUGAGCUGCAAGAUCAACUCCUGGAUCGUCUACGUGGCCCUGGAUACUUCCGUCUGGAUCUUGGUGGCCUUCACUUUUGAGCGCAUUUUGUCGGUGUUUGUUCCUCACAAAGUUAAGUCUUACUGUACCCGCAUGUCCUCAGUCUUGAUCGUAAUUGGCGUACUGAUCGGUAUGAUGGCUAUCAAUGGUCAUAUUCUGUAUGGCCGUGAUCUGAAAACUUUCCAUAGAAAAAACCAAAUCAGUUAUUUUUGUGAUUAUGUCUCAACUGAAUAUGCGUUGUUUAUCGGAGAUGUGUUCCCAUGGCUCGACUUCAGCGUGUACUGCUGUGUACCCUUCUUUAUUCUCAUCAUAGGAAACACAUGUAUUGCUACCAAAGUUUUCCUUAGUCGCAGAAAGACACGGAAAGUUGCAGUUUUGGACAUCACACCGGAUCCUAAACUUGCACCCAAAAACACAACGACUAAAAGAUCACUCAAAGCAUCUAAAAGAGUGGAGCGAAAUUCAUCCAUGAACACCAUCCUUUUGAUCCUCAACAGUGUAUUCCUGAUCACCACAACCCCAGUGAGCGUGUAUUUCAUUGUGCUGCCGAAAUUGCAGCUUCAGCCGUCCUUUUCCAACGGUGCGAUUUUAAAUCUUGUGUACACGGUUGUCAACUUGGUGAUGUACACAAACAACUCCGUCAACUUCAUCCUGUACUGUGUUACUGGAUCCAGAUUCCGGAAGGAGCUGUGUGGCAUGUUCAGGAAACCGAACGUCAGCUCUCUAGAAAGAUCGGGUAGGAGCGGUCAAGAGGAGGAUCCUGCAGGGAAAUCCCCCUCGGUUGAUAGACGGGUCCCAGUCACCCAAACGUCGGAAGUUCCUUUUACAGUGGAACCAUAUCCUGAGCCAGACACGGUCCAUCUAACAUCAUUAGCAAUUACAAGUGAAGACGCUAUCAACAUUAGUUCACCAGUAAUUACAGACGAAGACACGGUCAAUAUUGCUUUGCCAGAAAUUAGGAACGAAGACGUUGUCAAUAUUACUUCAUUAGCAUGUAUAGACCAAGACAACACAGUCGACAUUAAUUCAUCAGUAAUUUCAGACAAAGACCAUACAACCAAAAUUAUUUCAUCAGUAAUUUCAGACAAAGACACCGUUAAGAAAAUAUCACCUGUUAUCAUAGACGACUAUAGUGGUAGCAAUAACCGCACAUCAUACAGAAACAAAGACAUUUUCAAGAUGAGUUCACCAGUUAUUACAGACAAAGACGACGUCAAAACUACUUCGUUACCAACUACUGACAGGAAAGCAGUUAACGGGAUGUAUCCUGCAAAGAAAGAUACUUUAAAAAUAACUUUACAACUAAAUCAAGAGAAUGCAAAAUUUCCUUCGACAGAAAGUGCUGCAUGCAACAAAAUGGUCGUUACCGUACCAACAAUUUUAGGCAAAGACUUAAACAGGGAUAUUUGA